AGCUUCGAGCCCGGUGCAGGACCACGAAUACACAACGCAGCGCCGUAGUGCAAGGGCAGGACAGCUGAUAAAACCCGCUCCCGUUGGACACCGUUGCGGUUUCUCCAGUGCAGAGCGAAAUCCAACAGCUGAUGGGAGCACCUUCCUUCGGCCACUGCUGCGACUACUGUGCAGAAAACAAAACAAAACUUUCGUUGAUAGCAGUUCCCUUAUUCACAUUCGACUGACUCGUUCACUACUUCAGCAGCUUGCAUGUUGACUCACAUGAGCACAAGCAGGCGUUCCUCCCCUGUUACGGUCGGCCUCAUCACACAUGUCGUGGCACAAGAAGUCCGUCCCUGUGAAGAGUAGGGGGCGAAAGGCUUAUCCGUCAGGGCCUUACUGUAGCCCUAGCCAAUAUCUGUUCAAGGCUGACUUAGGUCCCACGUGAGGAAAGGGUUAAGAAAAACAAAGUGCGUUAGAGGGCUUGAUACAUUUCGAUAUUUAGACACACGCGCACAGACGCACUGCACAUGAUGUCUGAAUUUUCGUCUGCUUGUAUGUCAACGCCGCCGUGAGUAGCUGAUAAGAUAGCGUUUUGUGCCACGAGUCCUAUCAUGCAUUUGCUACAGUUGUAUUCAUGUCUGAGGAGGGACCUCAGCUGUUGCCUACAAUACUACAUGCUUGAACCCGACAUGUACCUGCAGUGCCGGGUGGACGAAUGGCAGAGUGAGCACGUGAAAUCCUGGCUCCUGGCCGUAUGCACCAACUUCGGCGUCAGUCCCGAGAUCUGCAACAUCAACGCCUUCAGUAUGUACACCGGCUUUCAACUUCGCAACAUGAGCUUGCAUGAUUUUUGCGGGAUCGACAGGCAGCACGGCGAACUCUUCCACACGCAGCUACACACUUACCUAAGAUCGGAACUUGGCAGAGCGGUCCAGUACCCGACCUUAACCACAGAGGACUCUACCUACACAGUCCUUCAGCCCCGCCGCUCGAGUCCUCCUGCAAGUUCCUUUAGUCCAGUCGGUUCCUUUAGUCCCGCCGGUUCCUUCAGUACUGUUGGCUUCAAUACUUGGCCUCAGGGAAACGCCAACACCCAUUCGGCAAGCUUCAUCCACUUGACUACAGCAGGUUUCAGCGAUUCGGAUUUUUCGAGAGGAGGCGAGGAGUUUGAAGAUAUUAACUCGAACGAUGUUGAGUCUUGCACCUGGUAUGAGAUCGAUAACCUUUCGCCGCUUCCGGAAACUCCAGAGGGUAUAGAUGAAGCAAGCAGAUCGCCAGAAGAGAGAAGAAGAAGAAGAAGGGAAACCGGGCCCAAAGUGUGGCAGUUUCUCUGGGAACUUCUACACGACCCUUCCUGCAACCCUUCGCUGAUCCGGUGGGAGAACCAGCUGGAGUUCUGCUUCCGCCUCGUCAAGCCCCACGAACUGGCGAGGCGAUGGGGCCAGAGGAGACGGGCGGCCAAUUCCCUGCCGUAUGAUUACUUCGCUCGCUGUGUCAGGUAUCAUUACCAAACGGGUUACUUGGUAUCCGUACCGGAGAGAAAGCUCGUCUACAAAUUCGGAAGCAAAGCCAUCGUAAAGUUCGAACAUGCGAAUGUGGAAAAUCCCUCAGGCUUAUGAUUUACAAAAAAUGUGUUGAUCUAUGUGUAUAUAAAAACUAAUAUAUUUUUAAGGCUCUUUUUUAUUAUAUGUUAUAAUAUUUAGAUUUAUAUCAUGACGACUUUCGUUGAAUAUACAUAAUAAAAGAAAAU